UAUUGGGUAAACAAGUGGAGUUGAAAUGAUGAAGUUGUUUUUGUCUAGUUCUAGUAUAAUUAUUAACAUUAACAAUGCAAGCUCAUUGGUAAAUUAAGAAUGUUUACGUUUUCAUCGAUGAAUCAGAAACACAAGAGGCUAAUUGAGUGGUGGAGAUUUUGAUGGAGAUGAUAAAGAACUAUCCUUCUUUCUCUGACGAACUCUUCAAUGCCACUUUGUUUUUAAUUAAAUUACUAAUUGCAUCACGACAACUCUUCUCUUGAUCGUUUUCUUUUUCCUUCUUCUAAGCUAUGCCUCCUUUGAGACUUGUUAAAUCCACCUUGCUUUCACCCAACUUCCUCUCCAAAUCCAAUUUUUCUCCCAAACCCACCUCCUUUUCUCCUCCAGUCGUCAAGUUCAAGGCGCAGUUGUUAAUGGGUUCUUCUUAUACGACGUCGUCUUCUUCUUCAAAGCUGUUGUUUCGUCAAUUGUUUGAGAAAGAAUCUUGCACUUAUACUUACCUUCUUGCCGAUGUCUCCCACCCUGAUAAACCCGCUCUUUUGAUCGACCCCGUUGACAGGACGGUUGAUCGAGACUUGUCUCUUAUUAAGGAAUUGGGUGUGAAUCUUGUUUAUGCCAUGAACACUCAUGUACAUGCUGAUCAUAUCACUGGAACUGGGCUAAUUAAGAGUAAGCUUCCAGGAGUAAGAUCUAUUAUUUCAAAAGCAAGUGGGUCAAAGGCUGAUAUUCUGGUUGAACCAGGGGAAAAAAUCCAUUUUGGUGAUCUAUUUCUGGAGGUUUGUGCAACUCCUGGACAUACGUUGGGUUGUGUUACCUAUGUUACGGGAGAAGGGCCAGAUCAGCCUCAACCAAGAAUGGCAUUCACAGGAGAUGCCCUACUCAUACGCGGAUGUGGGAGGACUGAUUUUCAGGGAGGAAAUUCAACACAGCUCUACAAGUCAGUGCAUUCACAGAUCUUUACAUUGCCAAAGGACACAUUAAUCUAUCCAGCUCAUGAUUACAAAGGAUUCACAGUCAGCACAGUGGGAGAGGAGACACAAUACAAUCCUCGCCUGACAAAAGAUGAGGAAGGUUUUAAAGACAUUAUGGCAAAUCUAAAACUGUCAUAUCCGAAAAUGAUGGAUGUGGCAGUUCCUGCAAAUAUGGUUUGUGGGAUGCAAGAGCUGCCUUCCAAAGAAUGAUUCACCUUUAUGGAGUGAUGUUGCUGGGGCAUUUAAGUCACCAUGUGUACAAAAUGAUGCAUGAUUGCCCUUUCUAGAAGUAAAUUCAACUAAUAAGAAAUAAAAAAUAUAUAUAUACGAAUGGUUAUUGUAAAAAAUGUUGUCAGGGCUGGUGUUGACUGAUGAAUUUUAUUCAUGGCAAAGAUUUGAACCACAUUCCACUCA